AUGGAUUUCACACUCGCCCUCACGCAUUUCUGCGAAGCGCAUGGCCCCAAGUCAGUACUUUGCACACAAGUCCUCCCGGUACAAUGCGCUUUGUGCCUCCCUCCGUCGCCAUCGCUACGAGCUUGCUCCUCUUCCGACUCCCUUACGACUCAAGUCCACGAGACAUCCUUUGAAUCUACUCAGAACGGCCAACGGUCGCCGAUCCUCCAAAAAACUGAGACCAACUUGACCUUACCAACCGACUUCUCUGGCGCUUCGACCAGCGUAGACUCAGAGACCGAGCCGGAGAGUCCCACGAUCGAGAAACAUCCCUUGUUUCGACAAAACCGGGACGGUAGCCUUCAGUGGCCAUAUGGAAGAGCCGAAGGCGACACCUGUGCCAGCUGUAGCUUCAGCGUGCCCAAAGCUGUAGCAGAGAAACUCCCGGCCGGUGCACCAGGUAGCAGGAUCUCAGAGGGGAAAAAACCUGCCAGUGCACCAGUUCUUCGCUCGAGGGAAUUCGUCUGUCUUCGAAAGCGAAAGAGAAGACCAAGUAACGACUAUCAUGACACUAGACCCUCAUCAUACAAUUCGUCCUUUGCGUCCUCACAGUCUCCGGCGCAAUCGAUUCCUCACUCACAUUCCGACGACUGCCAUGACCAUACACUAACUUACCUGACUGCGAAAUCCCCCGACGAUCGCGAAAGCUAUGCGCAGUUACGCGCCUCUGUCAUUCGUACACUAUCUUGCGAGCUGCUCCCACGCGGCAUGUCGGACGGACCUUUCUGCUUUGGCGACUCAAACACAGGCUAUACCAUUGCAUAUGUGUUCCGACUAACGGACCCGAGGGCGCGUGGAAGACGGCGGGCGUACGCCUUUGUCGCUCUCGCCGGGAAAGACGCGAGCCGCGCAUUUCAAGCAUGCCCAAUGCUUUGGGAGGCAUUUGCUAGCAUGGCCAAAGGAAUUGAAGCCGCGGCGCAAAGACAUCAAGAAGAGCAGCAACGAAAAGUGGAAGAGCAAGCACGACUUGCUGACUCGAACUCUUCAAGAAACUAUACACCCGUGUCGUCGUUUCUGACGUCGCGGACAAUCGAUCCAGAUGGACACCCACGUCGUGGAGGACAAGCUUCGCCUCGCAGCUUAGCGGAGAUCGUUGGAGACGAGAAUAUCUUUGCUUAUCUGCAUCAGUACUUUGUUGCGAUUCUUCGCUGUCUUGGUGACCAGUUUGGAGGACUCCCACUGGCUGAAACACCUUCGGUCUAUCAAUCGGUCAGUGAUGAGUCGCCGCGAUUCGCAAAGUCUUCUGCCAUGAAAUCGCGAGCUCCACCGGUAUCGUUUGCCCAUCUUGAUAGUCUUCGCGACGAGGACGCUACGCCAACGCCUCAAAGUCGAAGUCAUAUUGAGACCAACAACCCCUGGCAAAACAAACCGAACGUAGCGACGAAGAGUACAAUGGAUCAAGAUGACGACGUUGAAAUCUCCAAGACUCGCGCCAACAAAGCAUUCAAACUCAACCCUCCAUGCGCGCCAUUGUUGGUCAGCGAAACUGCACAGCGACAGGUUGUCGUCUAA